AUGGGCCAGGUCAGAGCCGCUGCCCGAGCGGUGGAGGCCGAGGUGGUGGGUGGCGCGCAGGAUGGGGAGGAAGGCUCCUGGGAUGAGGGCGGCGACGACGAUGCCGACAUGGACCCGGAGAAGGCACAGCCGGAUCCCGAAGCUUUCCCCCUGCCUCAAGCAUACCAGCAGACGCUGCGCCGGUCGCUGACGCUGGGGGGCAUCGGUCUGCACACGGGCGAGUAUGCCUACGUCAGGGUGCGCCCCGCCCUCGCCGGGGAGGGCCGAUACUUUGUGCGCGUGCCUCCGGGGACAAAUGCGGGCCGCUUUGUGGUGGAGGAGCCGGAGCCACGCACGUUGGAGGACCUGGACAUCGACGCGCCGGAGGACGACCCAUACGAGGACGAGCGGUCAGAGGUGUUCUUCGAGUGGCUGGCGGCACGGGGGGCGGGGUACGAAGGCAACCUGGACGACUUCUCAGAGGAGCAUGGCAAGGACUUUGAGGCGCUGUUCAACAAGGAGGACGCGCUGGAUGACUCAACCCUGCCAGACGAGGAGGUACAAGCCAGGGGUGCACACGAGGCCUGGGUGCCUGCCUGCAUAGCCUCGGCCUCUGCAGCAUCCGCACAUCACACCAAACUGCAGCGCGAGGACGUCAGCAUCCUCUCCCCCGAGGCCCUGCUCUCCACCCUGGAGGCCUGCGGCAUCGAUAAUGCGCGCAUCGAGAUAGAGGGCGGGAGCGAGGUGCCCGUCAUCGACGGCUCGGCCAUGGGCUGGGCGGUGGAGCUGCGCUCCGUCGGCGUGCGCCCCUGCGGCCCACAGAGCACGCGUGCCGUCUGGCUGUCGCCCCCGCAGCCGCUGACCGUGGGGGACGGCGAUGCCUUCAUCACCUUUUACCCUGGCGACGUGAUGAAGCUCACCGCGGGGGUGGAGUUUGAGGCGCCGGCCAUCGGGCGGCAGUGGCACACCUGGAGCCCGGACCAGGACGAGCAUUUUCGGUACGAGGUGGCGCCCGCGCGGCGCUGCUUUGACUCGCCCGAGGAGGUGGAGGCGCUGACGCAGGAGGGACUGCUGCGCGGCGGCGCCGACUUUGUGGCUUUGGUCGCUCAGGGCCAGGACUGGUACGACGACUCCCUCCUCCGCUUCCCCGUGGACGACAGCGAGGCGGCGCGGCACGCCAUCCAGAGCCUGCUCGGUGUGCUGGCCCUGGCGGCGUUGCCAGGGUCAAGGGCACUGCCCCUGGGCCACACCGUCAUGUACCGCGCCGGCCUCCCACUGCAGCUGGAGUUUGCCAGGGCGUUGAGGCGGGAGCUGACACAACUGGCGGCCGAGACGGGGGCGGAGGUGGGGGGGUGGUGA